AUGUUAAGUAAUCAAAGUGAACACAUCCUGAAGGAUUUGGAAAUUGGUAAAUUGAGAUGUCUGAAAAGUCUGUGGUUGGAAGCCGCCUUAGAUAUCAGACCAUUUGUUAACCAGGUGGAAAGAAUACUUAACUCUGAUGGAGGUAGUGACAGUGAUGAUGAUUCUGAUGCAAAGUCUAUGGCCAAUGAGAUGUCUAAAGGUGACAAAGAUAUGCAUGGUGUUGUGACUACAAAACAAGAAAGACAAAGUGAUCGUCUUAGAUUAUACAAUUUGGCAUCUGUUGGGGAAGAACGGCAAUGGCUUCGUGAUGUGUUGUUGUCAUCAGAAACUGAAUCAAGUAGUGAAGAUGAAACUCCAGCAGCCAAAGAUUUGAGGAUAAAAAGAUUGCUUAAGGAAAGGCACUUUCACAAUAAAUAUGCUAAAGAAUAUUAUAAAGAUCCUGGAAACUCGCGGUAUAUGUACUACGGUGCAGGAUUACUUUCUACCAUAGAUCGCUACCCCGAGCGUAGAAUUAGUCGUCCCAUACAGCCUCCUGCAAAUCGAGGUCGGAGGGGUCGUCCUGCCGAGAGAGGUUCGAGAGGCAUUCAAAAAGCUAAGAGAGGUCGAGUUAAAGAUAGAGGAUGUAACGAUGGUAGUGAUGUUCCUGAUGGAGUUGACUGGGAAGAUCAAUUAAGACAUUUAAAAGAAGAAAAUGAUACCGAUGAAUUUACUAUUGCCGAAAAACCAGGAGCCAGAGGUCGUAAAAAGCUAUCAGCCAUUAAAAGCCCAGAAGCUUUAACAGCAAGACGCAGGAGACACUGGCAGCUGUUAGUGAAGAAGGAAUUGGGAAAAGUACAAAGAGCGCGCACCGCACAGCACAGGGAGUUAAUGUUGCAACGGAAGAGACUUGCUACAUUGUGCUGUAAGCAUUGGAGACAUGUGGCUAUGCAGUCCCAAAAGAACAUGAAAGAGACAGUGUGGCGCUGCAAGCGGCUGUCCCGCGAGAUGCAAGCGUACUGGCGCCGCUACGACCGCGCAGAGAGAGAGACGCGGCGGCGCAUGGAGAGAGAGGCUGAGGAGCAGAGGAAGAUGGACGUGGAAUUAAUGGAGGCUAAACGUCAACGUCGCAAGUUAAACUUCCUGAUAACGCAAACGGAGCUCUACGCGCACUUCAUGCAGAGGAAGUUGAACGCGGACGAAGGGGACACCGACGCGGACAUGAUUCUACGCCAGCUGGACGAGGACAGGGAUCCGAGGCUCGCUGCUAUUGAUAAUUAUGACAGUGAAGCAAUGAAGGCCCGAGCGUCAAAGAACGCGCUGGAGGCGGUGCAGGCGGAGCGCGCGCGCGCCGGCGUGGCGGACGCGGGCGACGAGCGCGAGCGCCGCGGCGACCACGACCAGCCCGCCAUAUUCCGCGGCACGCUCAAGGGAUACCAGCUGAAAGGGAUGAACUGGCUCGCUAAUUUGUAUGAUCAGGGUAUAAGUGGAAUCCUAGCAGAUGAAAUGGGUCUGGGCAAAACAGUGCAAUGUAUAGCUUUCUUGUGCCAUGUAGCGGAGAGGCUCGGUGUAUGGGGACCAUUCUUAGUUGUAUCUCCAGCUUCCACUUUACACAAUUGGCAGCAGGAGAUGCAAAGAUUUGUUCCUGAUUUUAAAGUCGUACCUUACUGGGGUAGUCCGAGUGAACGCAAAAUCCUUCGACAGUUUUGGGAGCGUAAAGACUUGCAUACGCGCCAGGCCGCCUUCCACGUGGUAGUGACUUCGUACCAAAUUGUUGUGUCGGAUUUGAAAUAUCUGAACAGGGUCUCAUGGCAAUAUAUGAUAUUGGACGAAGCUCAAGCUAUCAAAAGCUCCGCCAGCAUGAGAUGGAAGUUGCUUCUGGGGUUUAGUUGUAGGAAUCGAUUGUUAUUGUCAGGAACUCCAAUUCAAAACAGUAUGGCGGAGCUUUGGGCUCUUCUGCACUUCAUAAUGCCGACGUUGUUCGACUCGCACGACGAGUUCAAUGAAUGGUUCUCUAAAGAUAUAGAGAGUCAUGCUGAGAAUAAAACUACUAUAGAUGAAAAACAUCUUUCUCGGCUGCAUAUGAUUCUAAAACCGUUUAUGUUACGACGAAUUAAGAAGGAUGUUGAAAAUGAAUUGUCAGAUAAAAUUGAGAUUAUGGUUCACUGCCCACUAACUAUAAGACAGAAAUUAUUGUACAUAGCUCUUAAGAAGAAAAUAAAAAUAGAAGAAUUAUUACAUUAUUCAGUUGGUGCUGAGUCUGGUCACAAUGUAGAUAAAAAUUUCACUUCAAACCUCAUGAACUUAGUUAUGCAAUUUAGAAAGGUAUGCAACCAUCCUGAGCUAUUUGAAAGGCGGGACGUUCGGUCGCCAUUUGCGAUGCAAGUAGACGACUACCACCUACCUAAGUUAAUAGCCGAAGAUGGAAUUUUAUUAAGAUCUAUACCAUCGAAUCGUCAUAUAUUAUAUAAUAAAUUAAGUAUAUUAAACCCCUAUUAUGUACAUAAUAAUUGUUACGGGGAUUCAGCUUUUGCAUUUACAAGGUUUAUGGAUCUAUCGCCUAUGGAGAUUUAUAGGGUGAUGGUGUGUGGAUGGUUGUAUACUAUGCUUCAUAUAGAAGAAUCUUUAGAAAAAUUCGAGAAACUUCGCCACAGACAGUAUUGGUGGGGACAGACUGAGCACACUGAUGUCAAGCAAGAAGAGAAAGAGACGGAAGUAUACGGGAACUAUUAUGAUAGAGUGAAUAGCAAAUAUAUGCUGCUGGUGUGUCCGGACGGAGAUGUGUUGAAGAGGAGAAAACAUGACUGUUUGUUGUGGGCGGAGUUGUUGUUCACAGAUCCUUUAUGGAUUGAAGGAGGUCCCUUCUACACGCACGCGGACCACACCAUACACUACAUGCCGGAGACGAUAGAGCACCGCGCCAUGCGCACGCGCAACAUGAAGAUUGAGGGACAGGCAGAAAUGCUAAGCGAGAUAAAGACGGAGGAGGGCGGCGUGGUGGCGGUGUCGGCGGCCGCGCGCCCGCCCGCGCCGCGCGCGCCGCGCACGCGCCGCGCCGCGCCCACGCCGCUGCCCGCCUUCUUGUUCACUGCGCAGCAGAAGGUGAGCGCGUUCACGCGCGCGGUGUUCGCGUGCUCGCGGCGGCACGCGCACCACGCGCGGCGCCACGCGCACGGCGACAGCGCGGCCGGCGCCGCCGCGCUGGCCGCGCUCUCGCAGUGCGCGCGCCCGCCGCACGGCUGGGCCGAGCUGCAGGUGCCCGAUAAGAAUCAACUAGUGAGCGACGCGGGAAAACUCACCGUCCUAGAUUCCUUGCUAAAGAGACUGAAAGAACGCGGCCAUCGCGUGCUCAUAUACAGCCAGAUGACCAAGAUGAUUGAUUUGUUAGAAGAAUACAUGUGGCAUCGAAAACACAAGUAUAUGAGAUUGGAUGGAUCCAGUAAAAUAUCGGCUCGACGCGACAUGGUUGCAGAUUUUCAGGCCCGUGCAGAUAUUUUCGUGUUCUUGCUAUCGACGCGUGCCGGCGGCCUCGGCAUAAACCUUACCGCGGCGGAUACUGUGAUAUUCUACGACUCGGACUGGAACCCCACGGUGGACCAGCAGGCGAUGGACCGCGCGCACCGCCUCGGACAGACCAAGCAAGUCACCGUGUACCGCCUCAUCUGCAAGGGCACUAUAGAGGAGCGCAUUAUGCAGAGGGCCAGGGAGAAGAGUGAGAUUCAACGGAUGGUGAUAAGUGGCGGUAAUUUCAAGCCAGAUACGCUCAAACCGAAGGAAGUUGUGUCGCUUCUAUUGGACGAUGAAGAAAUAGAGCUUAAAUAUCGUCAGAAAUCUGAAGAAAAGAAAAUGAUGGAAGAAAGAGAACGCAAGAGAAAACUAGGCAUAUUACCAGCGCAGCAACCAGCGCCGAUAGAGGCCAAGCGGCCGCGCGAGUCCGCGUCGGAGCCCGGCAGCCCGCUGCAGGUGGACGACGACAGCGACCACUUGGUGGUAGACGCCUCGCCGCAGCCCUUGCCAUAUUGCCCGCCGGUGCGGUCCACCUGGGCCAACAGUCGCGUGUCGCGCGGCGCGCGGCGCGGCCGCCCGCGCGGCUCCCGGCACGCCGCGGCGCGCCGCCCCGAGCCCGCUGCGGCAGAUAAUGCCUCUGCUGUUGCCGCUGGCGCAGCUCUCCUAGAAUCCGACGCGCCGCUGGAAGCGAUCGAGCCGGCGGCGGCGGCGGCGCCGGGCGCGGCGCGCGGGCGGCGCGGGCCAGGCCGCCCGCGCCUGCGCGCGCCCGCCCGCGCCGCGCGCCCCUCGCGCCGCGCGCGCCGCCCGCGCGAGCCGCUGCUGGUGCCGCUCGCGCCGCCCCCGCCGCCGCCGCCGCCGCCCGUC